AUGACCGGUUUGGUUUUGUGUGAACCAACAGAGCUUUACAACAUCUUGAAUCAGGUCACAAAACUAUCCAGAUUAACUGAACCCAACUACCUCUGUUUAUUGGAUGUGCGGUCCAGGCGGGAGUAUGAUGAAAGCCACGUGAUUACAGCCCUCCUCGUGAAGAAGAGGGCAGGCAAAUAUCUAAUCCCGGAGUCUGUGGAUCUGGAGUGUGUGGAAUACUGUGUGGUAUACGAUAACAGCACAAUCUCCCCGGAGCUAAUGCUGAAAGACGAAAGCAGUGACGAUGACAGCGCUGAUGAUGGCAAGCACAGAAUAGUGCUUGGAGCGGCUGUGGAGUGUGGCAGAACCCUCACCCACCUCACCCGCCACCCCAUCCUUAUCCUGAGAGGAGGCUACGAGCACUUCUCGGCCAUGUAUCACUUCUUCCGGACACAGAAGAUCAUCUGGAUGCCUCAGGAACUGGAUGCCUUCCAGCCAUACCCUAUUGAGAUAAUGCCAGGCAGGAUCUACCUGGGAAAUUUCAAGCAAGCCUGCGACCCUAAAAUUCAGAAGGAUUUGAAAAUCAAUGCACAUGUCAACAUCUCCAUGGAGACAGGGCCAUUUUUUGUAGGUGACGCCGACAGGCUUCUGCACAUCCAGAUAGAAGAUUCCCUGGAAGCAAGCAUUACACCCUUUUUACGCCUCCUCUGUCACUUCAUUGACAUACACCUGGAGCUCAACUCCGUCAUCCUGGUCUUUUCCACCUUGGGCAUCAGCCGCAGCUGUGCGGCCAUCCUGGCCUACCUUAUGCAUCGGAACGGGCAGACCCUGAAGAGGUCCUGGGCCUACCUCAAGAAGUGUAAAAACAACAUGCGCCCAAAUCGGGCUUUGGUGGCUCAGCUGUCAGAGUGGGAGAAGGUUGUCCUCGGAGACAUUGUCACGGACAUCCAGAAUCCACCCUACUGA